AUGGGGUUGCUACUGGAGGCACCUACCACUUCAUUUGUGGAUAGGUUAGUGUGGCUAGCUGAAAAGUUAAACAAGGAUGCUCUCUCAUCUUUUGCCUCUCUAGCAUGGGCUGCAUGGUUUUGUAGGAAUAAGGAGGUGUUUGGGGAUGUCGAAAAUAUCAAUCCAAGCUAUGUUGCUACAGGUUUCAUGAAGUUGAAAAUGGAGUAUGGUGAAUAUAAUAAGGUGGGCAGCAUGGUACAUCCCCCUCAAAUUCCCAUGCGAAGUACUUGGAGUCUCCCUCCUACUACCUUUGUUAAAAUUAAUGUUGAUGCACAUGUGAGACAUGAUGUGGGAGUAUCUUUUGGCAUGGUAAUCAGGGAUGAAGGGGGCAAUGUUGUUGCGGCUGGAGUGAGGAGAAUAGCAUCCAACUGGAGGCCUGCACUUGCAGAGGCUGGGGCAGCACAAUUUGGAGUUGAAGUGGCUCGUAGAAUGGGGUUUGAGAAGGUGAUGCUGGAAUCCGAUUCCAUAAAUGUGGUACAAGCCAUACGACAGAGACAAAGGGGUGCAGCUCCUAUUUUUCUUUUGUUUGAUGAUAUUAUUGAUAUGAGCUCUUAUUUCUCUUCUUUUCAGUGCUCUCAUGUUAAACGAGCAGGGAAUACAAUAGCACAUAAUGUAGCUAGGUGGGAUGUUAUGGUUGGGUCGGAGAACAUUUGUACUCAUUCAUUCCCGCAAAGUAUUCAAACUUUGGCGGGUCUUGAUUUUCUUUAA